AUGACGCGCAGUGAAGAUGAAUUAGGAGAGAAGAUCGAUAGAUGUUUUGCGGACUCAUUGUUAAAAAUAAGUGGUGGAAUAGCGAUUGGAAUCGUGGCUAGUGUGGCAUUUUUCAAGAGUCGAUCGUGGCCUAUAUGGUUUGGAUCAGGAAUUGGCGUCGGCACUGGUUGGUCAAAUUGUCGUCAUGAUUUAGCACAACCCUUUCUAUUACAUGGAAAGAAGGUGCCUGUAGGAACAGACACAGAGGGAAAACCUACCUAUGCGAUUAUCUUGGGAAAGGAUCGACUCGAAAGCCAAGAAAGUUAG